AUGGUUGAUCCGCUUUGGGCUCUCUGUCUCUUUGCCAAAAUCCUGGGUGAAGAGGAACCGCUUGCGACCAUCAUGGAAAGAGCAAGGGACUGGAGAGUGGAUAAUAAAAUGGAUAUCAGGAAGAUAGGUAAUGGAUUCUUCCUCAUUUCAUUUACUUCUGAGGAGGACUAUGAUAAGGGGUUGAAGAAGGGCCCGUGGAUGGUAAAUGGUAAAUACUGGAAACCCUGGUUUAAUCCUCUGAAGGCCAAACUUGAAUCGGCUGAUAUCUGGAUUAGACUUCCUGGGCUGCCUCUUGAAUGUUGGAACAGAGAUGACUUAGAGAUAAUCCUGGAGAAGCUGGGUCCUGUGAUUAAAUUGGAUGAUGAUACUUUGAAGUUGGAAAAGACCUUGUACCCAAUGGUCUGUGCCAGAGUUGAUCUUACAGGCCCUUUCAUUCUAGAAAUUCCUGUCACCCAAGGUGGAAUCCGAAGUCAUAUAAGAGUCUUCUACAAAAAUAUCUUCGACCUCUGCAUCAACUAUGGUUGGAGAGGCCAUAAGUUCUAUGAAUGCUCAAAGAAAAGGAAUGAGAGGAUUGAGGAUGGAUGGUCUCUUGUCCAAAAUAAGAAAAGAUCCCAAUCUCUUAGAUCUAAGGAUGACCUUAGGAAGAUUGGGAGAACUGGCGACAAAAAAAAAAGGAAAGGUUUUGGAACAAUAGUGUCGAUCACUGGACUCAGGCUAAGAUGGUUAGGGUGGGGAUGGCGAAAGAGGUGUCAAAGAUGA